AUGGAGGAAGAGCGCAAUGAUACGAAACUGCCGCUGUUGGAUGGGUGGAAGCUCAGUGGGAGCGGGCGCCGUGGCCGACUCAGUCGCCGGAACUCGGUGAACUCGCUCAGAAACGAUUUUAUUGCGAGACUCCCCGAUAAGGUCCGUUCCGUGGUUGAUCUCGAGUCCUUCUCUCUUCACGAUCUCUCCAAAAUCCCUGACCUAACCCAAGGAGAAAAGGAAUACUAUGAGAGACAAUUUACAACCUUAAAAUCAUUUGAGGGAGUUGAUUCUGUGGUGACCUCUGAAAGCAUUGAUGAAUAUGAUGAUGAAGAACAAGCCCAACAGGAAAGAGCAAUGAAGAUAUCAAAUUAUACAAACAUCAUAUUGCUGGCAUUGAAGAUUUAUGCUACCGUAAAAAGUGGAUCCCUAGCAAUUGCUGCAUCAACACUCGAUUCCUUGCUUGAUCUCAUGGCUGGUGCCAUUUUGUGGUUCACUCACUUGUCAAUGAAAAACGUGAAUAUUUAUAAAUAUCCUAUUGGAAAGUUGAGGGUGCAGCCGGUGGGCAUAAUAAUCUUUGCUGCUAUCAUGGCUACACUUGGAUUUCAGGUGUUGAUUCAGGCCGUGGAAGAAUUAAUUCAGGAUGAACCUCCUGGAAAGAUGACGUCAGAUCAAUUGAUAUGGUUAUACUCAAUUAUGAUAACUGCUACUGUUGUNACGAAUCCCAGGGUCAUGGGUCAUCGCAAUCUCAGACUUCAGUGGAGCAACCACAGACGCAGAUUUCAGGUGUUGAUUCAGGCCGUGGAAGAAUUAAUUCAGGAUGAACCUCCUGGAAAGAUGACGUCAGAUCAAUUGAUAUGGUUAUACUCAAUUAUGAUAACUGCUACUGUUGUAAAAUUUUGCCUCUGGAUUUACUGCAAAAACUCAAGAAACGACAUUGUCCGUGCGUAUGCAAAGGAUCACUAUUUUGAUGUGGUGACAAAUGUAGUAGGAUUACUUUCAGCCAUUCUUGGGGAUAAGUUCUACUGGUGGAUUGACCCUGCUGGUGCCAUUGUCCUUGCAAUUUACACGAUCUCAAAUUGGUCCGGAACCGUUCUGGAAAAUGCAGUGUCACUCAUAGGACAAUCAGCCCCUCCUGAGGUAUUGCAGAAAUUGACAUAUCUUGUCAUAAGGCAUCCACAAGUUAAGCGUAUUGACACUGUCCGCGCUUACACUUUUGGCGUUUUGUACUUUGUAGAGGUUGACAUUGAACUCCCAGAAGAGUUGCCUUUGAAGGAAGCACAUGUCAUAGGAGAGACCCUACAGAUAAAGAUUGAGAAACUUCCUGAAGUUGAACGUGCAUUUGUUCAUAUUGAUUACGAGUGCUAUCACAAACCAGAGCACUCUGUACUUAUUAGGCUGCCUGACAGUGAGCCUUGA